UUGAAUGUGUUGAUUUUCGGGGAGGCUGGAGUUGGUAAAAGCUCCGUCAUCAACUUGAUUAUGGGACAAAAUGCCGCACAGAUGUCACUAGAUGGAGCAACCUGCAUGCUCGAGCAUACCUCCUAUGAAGUCCAUCUUGGGGGCCGCAACUUCAAAUUUUGGGAAGUUUCAUCCAUCGAAUCGAUGGGUUUCUUCCGGAACUUUUUUUACAAAUGGCGCCUGAAAAAGUCGUACAAGAGAUUAUACAAAGAUGAUGGAGUUCACCUUCUCAUGUAUUGUAUGAGGGGAUCGAGGGCCCAGAGAGCGUUGCUCAAGGAUUAUAAAUUUUUCGCCAACAUUGUCGGCUCCACCACCGGUCCAGGCGGCGUACCGGUCGUUGCUGUGGUCACCCGCUUCGAAGGUUAUCCCAAGGUCAUGGAUAGCUGGUGGACAAAAAACGAAGGGAUUCUGGAACACCUCGGGAUGAGGUUCUCCGCGCACGCUUGUAUCACUUCGCUC